AUGUUGGUGAAAUGGCAUGGCUGCACAUGGCACCAAGAUGGCGUCUUCCUCCCCGGCCUCCUCUGUGGCCUCGGACACGGGGGCCCGACACUAGCGGACAUAAGCGCAGAUCUCCGGAGUCUCUCGGAGUCGAUGGUCACAAAGCAAGACCUCCAGGUUCUAACAACGACGCUGCACGACUUCGUCGCUACCACAGUGACGGCACUCCGCUCAGACGGCGGGGCCCAAGAAACCUGCAUUCAGGCACUAAAGGCCCAAACCCAAGCCUCCACCACUCAAACCAGAGCUACUGAUACGGCACUCGCCCGGCAGGGCGCUAUGCUCCUGGCCCUCGGGAGACAGACCCAGGACCUAGACAAUAGAAGCAGGCGCUCCAACAUUAGAGUGUGCAGUGUGCCUGAACCCCAGGGCGAGGAAGAUGCAGAAGGCCUCCUCACAACACUCUUCAGCCUGAUACUUGGAGAAGAAGGCCCAGAUCAAAUUCAAUUUGAUAGGGCACAUAGAGCUCUUCGACAACGUAUACUCGAUGGAGCUCCACAUGGUUUGAUUUGUUGCCUCCACUCCUACCAGCUCAAGGAGAAGAUAAUGAGAAAGGCAAGAUCACGUCCAUCCUGGCACUUCCAAGAUUCAGAUGUGAUCAUCUAUAACGAUCUCUCGCCUAUGGGGCGACCCAUCACCCAGGCUCUCCGGGACAAGCAGAUCCCCUUCAAGUGGGGGUUUCCCUUUUGCCUCCAGGCAAGGUACAACAAUGAAUGGGCACAGGUCCGCUGGCCCGAAGAAGUGCCGUCAUUUCUCCAGAAAUUGGAGCUGAAUUUAAUCGAAGUACCGAACUAG